CUGACCUUCCCUGACGCUCAAUGCUGACACCGGAGACUCAGACAACAGUUCGCUUUCGCUCUGCCAUGGAUUGGUUCGCACAUCUGGCCACACAGACGCCACCGAAAUCGGCAAGCUGGUUUGAUAUGUGCGAGGCCUGUGGUCAAAACCCUAAGAUUGUGGCUCAGAAUGGCAUGAAACGGCCUUAUUGUAGCAGGAGUUGUGCCCUUAGUGAUUGCUCACAGGCUGCUCAUCUGAGGGAGGUCGAGCCAGAUGACGUCACUUUUGCAGACAUUCAAACCAAAUUUUCGGCUGGGUGGAAGAAGGAGCAGCCAGUGUUAGAGAGGGUAUACAAAGUUGAGUACCCCCACAUCGUCAUAGCCGCGUACCUGGCACAUAUAAGCAAGCUCACUGGCAGCAGUCACGGCUGUCAAACCAUUCAGACGUACUUCGCCUCUGAGUGCGUUUGCGGCAUGGCCAUCUCUGGUCCUUCCCUCUGUCAAGACUCGUCGUGCGGGAUCUGUCAGCCUGUAACGUCCUCUUUUCGAACCUUCGCAUGCGGGGAAACCAAGAAAGUAGGCAGGAAGGGUCCAGGAAUCUACACGUAUCAGGAGCCCAGGCGGGCCCAUCGAUACGCUACGUGCGCAAGCCCUUCACCCUAUAGGGUGAUGGUAGUGUGUGAUGUCGCAUUACCUGCAGACCAUCGUCUCUCGCGAUCGAGGUCAAUCUUUUCACACAAGGCGGACGGUGUCAUGCCUCGUUAUAUUCUCGUCUACCGGACCGAGUCGCGCGAGACAAGUCCAGAAACGGCUUCGGACGCAUGACCCGUGAAGAUAAGUUUGAAAAGAUGGGGCGAAGAUAUAUAUCACGGAUAUUGUUUGGGAGGUAUACUACUGUUAUUUGCUUUCAUUUUUGCUCUCGAUAUUUGCUUUUUGAGUGACUCAAUCGUUGCUUCUGGGAUUGACGGCGGUGCAAUCUCUGUAAUUCUAUA